UAUCUUACCAAGUGGGUCAAAGGUGAACCCUGUCGAACGGCUGUUGGGUUUUGUUCAGGCCCCGGCCUGUCAGGCACAGAUUCCUGCUACAUGUUUAACGUUACAACAACGGCCAGAAACAACACGGACUCAUCACAGUCGGCACUGUAAAGGAAGACACACCGUAGAUUGUAGAAAUGGGACAAGUACGGUACCACCGAUUGUGCCCCCUGCUGAUCCUGACCAUGGCUGCAGUGUGCGUCAUGAUGGUAGCAUCUAUGCAAGACCCAGAAAUGGACAGCAAGGAAAUUCAGAAUGUGGGAGCAGCUAUAAGAAGAGCAGCAGAAUCUGUGCAAAAGGCUCGGUCAGACAUCAAAGAAGCAGAGAGAGCAAUAGAAAAGUCAGGACUACCUGAGGAACUGUCUGCAGCAUUCAGGGUGGUUCUAAGGGAAAAGGUUGAAGAGGAAUUGGGAACAGGACACCACAACACGGGCCAAAUUGGGAAAACAGACAGUAUUCUUGUUGAACAGCUUCUAAAAUUGGUACCAGAACAUUCAGAAGGCUAUGCCUCUCAGGACACAAGAACGCAUCCUGGACUUCUAAUGACAGUAUGUGAUCUGGUAAAAACUGUACUCUUGGUUCCUGUCCAUAUGGUGGCAUUCAUUGUUUGGAGGGUAGGGCAGUUUUUGUGCUGGUGUCUGGACAAUUUCAUGGCUUCCCCUGUCUUUGUGUACAAGACUUUGCAGUGGAUCAAGUGGUUUGGAGCAACUGUUAUUUCUGUGCUAAUCAAAAGUGUUGCACUUUUGGUAUCACUGAUAUAUGUUCUCAUUGCCUUUGUUUUGUAUACAGUUUACUCAGCAGUUGCCUUUGUGUUCAGCACACUGUGGAUGCUGCUAUAUGGAAUGUGUUCCAUCAUAAUGAUACCUAUCCACAUCCUUAUCCUGUCCUCUCCCCUGCUGUUCAUGUACCUUAUCAACCAACCAGAUGCUAACCACAUCGUGCGCUGGCUGCAGGAAACAGCACGCAGUGUACAAACAUUUAUCAGAGACAUGUUUGUAGAAUACCAGUCCAGACAGCAGCCGUUACCAAACCCGUCAGUGCAGGCCUCACCCCUUGGGUUCACCGCAUACCCGACUGUGAGUUCAGCACCAAGGACAGAGGUACCGGCAGAUGCUGAGGGGUGGGAGUUUCACGAACACCUGCUGCAGCCUCGCAGGAGUGGCAGGCUGAGUAGCCUGCGGAGACAUUUCUUCAUAGAGGACACAGAGAAUGACAACUCCUGUGUGGUGUGUCUGGAUCGCCCAGCGAACAUGACGCUGAGGCCGUGUGGCCACCGGUGCGUCUGUAGAAGGUGCGCGUGGAGGAUCCUGAACCCCAGGGUUGGAGAGGAUGGGGGGAAAUGUCCACUGGACAGGCAGCCAAUCUUUGUGGCCGUGCCUGACCGCAUUUGUGUGAUUAUGUAGCUUGUAUAUAAAAUGUACUAUUUGCAAAAUUCACGGCUUGGCCACCUGGAUGAUAUGGCAAAGCAUAUAGGGAUGAGGAGAUUUGGUCAGUAUUGCAGUGUAAAGUAUGUCCCAAAAUUUGGGAUGAAAUAUCUACAUGGUGGAUAUAAUUCAGAAACUGUAAAUACUCAUGUUGAAGUAAAAAUGGUGUGGAUAACUAGAAUAAGUCACACAUGGCACUGGACUUAGCAGUUGCAUU